CUCUCUCUCUCUCUCCUUCGCAGCAGAGCAGACUCACAUUAUCAUCGUCAUCAUUCUCAUCCUCCUCUCUCUCUCUCUCUCUCUGCACUCGCCAUUAUAAUUUGUUUGAACCUAUAUAGCAUUGUACAUAGAGAAAGUGGAGAGAGAAGAAGUGUAGAAGUAGAGGAAAGUAAAAGAUGAAACAGGGCUCGCAAUCUACAGUAGAAGCGAAAUUCGAUUGUAAUUAUUCUUCUUCUUCUGAUUGGAAGAUCUGAGGAACAAUUUGUGUGGGAAUGGCGAAAACUGGGGUUUUCGAAGGCGAUCCGGCCAUGGCCGCCAAGGCGAAUGAGUUGAAGAAGGAUUUGCAGAGGCUGGUCAAGGCUAUUCUCGAAGAUGACGACGCCAACGAAAAUUUCAAUGCCGAGGCCAUCGAUCGAGCCACUCAGACUCUACUUGCAUUGAAGGACUUCAAGUCCAAGAGAUCAGUCUCUCUGAAACUGAGCGAACACUUGGCUUGUCCUGAGGAGUUUCGAUGCCCUCUUUCCAAGGAGCUCAUGAGAGAUCCUGUUGUUGUCGCCUCUGGUCUGACUUACGAUAGACCCUUUAUCCAGAGAUGGCUAAAAGCGGGGCACCAAACAUGCCCUCAAACUCAACAAGUCCUCUCGCAUACUCUCCUCACGCCUAAUCUUUUGAUUCGGGAAAUGAUAUCACAAUGGUGCAAAAAUAAUGGGACACAAUUACCGGACCCUACUCAAUAUUCCAAUGAGGAUGGGAUAACAGAAGCAGAUCGAGACCAUUUCAUUUCUUUGCUUGAGAAGAUGUCUUCAACUCUGUCCGAUCAGAAGGAAGCUGCAAGAGAGUUACGAUUGUUGACAAAGAGGAUGCCUUCUUUUCGGGCACUAUUUGGAGAGUCUGUUGAUGCAAUACCUCAACUGCUCAAUCCGCUCUCUCAAAGCAGGUCUCAAAGUGACAUUCCCACAGAUCUUCAAGAAGACUUAAUUACAACGGUUUUGAAUCUUUCAAUCCAUGACAACAACAAGAAGUUUGUCGCAGAAACCCCAAUGGUUAUUCCUCUUCUUAUGGAUGCAUUGAGAUCAGGAACAAUACAAACGAGGACCAAUGCAGCUGCAGCCCUCUUCACAUUAUCAGCCCUAGACUCUAGUAAGUCGCUGAUUGGGAAAUCCGGUGCCCUGAAACCACUUAUAGAACUUUUAGAAGAAGGGCAUCCACUGGCUAUGAAAGAUGUUGCCUCAGCUAUUUUCAACUUAUGCAUCAUCCAUGAGAACAAGGCAAGAGCAGUGAGGGAUGGUGCUGUGAGAGUGAUCCUAAAGAAGAUCAUGAAUCGUAUGCAUGUUGAUGAAUUGUUGGCUAUCCUUGCCAUGCUUUCAGGCAAUCCGAUGGCUGUUGAGGAAAUGGGAGAGCUUGGAGCGAUUUCUUGUUUGCUUAGUAUAAUCAGGGAAAACUCAUGUGCGCGGAACAAGGAGAAUUGCAUUGCAAUCCUCUAUGCAAUUUGUUUCAAUGACCGAACCAAGUGGAAGGAGAUGAGAGAAGAAGAGAAAACUUAUGGAACAAUCUCUCAACUUGCUCAAAAUGGGACUUCAAGGGCAAAGAGGAAGGCCAGUGGCAUUCUUGAGAGACUGAAUAAGGCUGUCAAUCUUACCCAUACCGCUUGAUGAGGUCUCUCGUGCAGUUUUUCCAAGCUCAAAUUCUGUAAAUUCUAUGUCCUCGAGCAUUACAAUCGCAUGUGGCUCUCACACAUCAUUCUCAACCUCCAUGUAAAUUAUAUUUCCCCCCUGGUGUUUUACCGUUGCUGUGAAUAAUUAUGAUGCAAGCUCUUGUAAGAUUCUCUCUCUCUCUCUCUCUCUCUCUCAUUGGGCAAUAAUUCAUGCACAUGGCUCACUAAAUAGAUUGCUUGAAAAAAUAGAUGAAGCAGAGCAUAGUUGCUCAUAUACUUGUUUGUCAGCAAUGAUUUAAAUUUUGUAUUAUUUUGUCUUCUAUUAUUUGUCGAAUAAAUAUUUGCACAUGGUUUUUAGUAGAUUGCUUGAACUCUA